AUGACCACUCUCUUCUCCCUGAUGCAGACACAGGAGUUUGAGGAGGAGGAGGCUGAGGAGGUGGAGGAGGCAGGGGAGGCUGAGGAGGCAGAGGAGGUGGAGGAGGCAGAGGAGGUGGAGGAGGCAGAGGAGGUGGAGGAGGCAGAGGGGGCAGAGGAGGCAGAGGAGGCAGAGGAGGCAGAGGGGGCAGAGGAGGCAGAGGAGGCAGAGGAGGCAGAGGAGGUGGAGGAGGCAGAGGAGGUGGAGGAGGCAGAGGAGGCUGAGGAGGCAGAGGAGGCUGAGGAGGCGGAGAGAAAGAGGAGUUAG